ACAAUUACUUGUAAUCAUAUAAUAAUUUGACAUUUGACGUUUAAUUAUCAUUUCUUAUAAAGUUUGUUUAAUUUUCAGUUUUCUAAUCAUAUUUAAUACUUUUGAAGAAAAUUAAAAUAAUGGCAGAUUUCGAUUUAGAUGAUCCUUUAGGAGAUCUACUUUCCGAUGGAAGUAAUGAUAGUUUUUUCGACCCCAAACCCAAGAAAUCUUCGAAUCCGCCACCCGAAAAGAAAACGGUUAAAGAUUUAUUUAAUUUAGAUAAAAACGAACCAAAAAAAUCAGAAUUAAAGAAAUCGGAUGAUUGGCUUGGAUUAAGCGAACCAAAAAAACCUUUGGAACGAGUUCAAAAUUCACCAACGCGAUUAAAACAAACCAAAAAAAUAAGCUUUGAAGAUGACAAUGAUGAUGUAUUAAGCAGUUUAGGGUUGGAAAAGAAGAAGGAAGAGAAACAAAUAAAUUUAAUGGAAAGUAUUUUGGGGAAAAAAGAAGAAAAGUCGACAUUAAAAGGAGAUAGUUUCGGGUUUUCUUCAUUGGAUGCACCAAGAAGAUCACGCCAACAACAACCAUCGCGAAAUUUGGACCCUUUAGGGUUAUUAUCAAUUGAAAAUAAAUUAGAAAGUGCCAAAAAAAUAGAAAAACCAUCACCAAAACGCUCAUUAGGUUCAAUCGAAGGAACUAGUUCGACUGAAAUUUUAUUUCCAGUUCAGAAACAAAGAGAUUUAAAAACUAAAAGUGCUCCGAAUAUCAGCGAACUCCCAAACUGGUUGGAAAACAAAGAAAAAGAACCAAUAAAAAGCCAUAAAUCCGAUAGCGUAUUAAUUCAAAGUAAUAAUAAAGAAACAGAAAUAGAAGUGGAUAAGAAGCAUGAAGAAAUAAAAGAUUCAAAGCCAACAACACCCCUACAGAAAUCAAAUUUAGAUUUUAAUCAAGAAAAUAAUCCUUUUUAUCCUCAAUUUGAAUAUCAAACCGCAGCUAUUACAAUGAAACAACAAGAAUCACAAAUUUUAAUGGCCUUACAAAUAAAAAAAUAUGAUGAGAAUUUGGUUCAACUCCAACGGAAACAACAAGAAUUAUUAAAUAAACAAGAACAACAAUUUAAUGAUUUACUAGAAAAGCAAUAUAUUAAACAACAAAUUAUUGAAAAUAAUUUAAAAUUGCAACAAGAAAAAAUCAAUAAUCAUAUACAAACAAUGUUGUCACAACCAUUCAAGCAUGAUUUUCGGGGAGAAAAUGAAGUUGAUAAUACAAAAAAGAAUGAGGAAGAAACGAAAAACGAGCAAAUUAACGAAAUUGUGAAAUCAAUAAAAGAUAGGUCAAGAGAAGAAAUGUUUUUGUUGGAAGAAUCUUACAAAAAACAAAUUUCAACUUUAGAGCAAACGAUGGACUCAAUAGAAAAUCGUUUAAAAUCGGAAAUAACAAAUCUAAAUGAAGCUCACCAAAGGAAAUGUGAAGAGUUAAAUAAUGAACACGAAUCUGAAUUAAAACGCUAUAAAGGAAAACUCGAGGAAAUUGUUCAGAUUCAUAAUGAAGAAAUUAAAAAUUUAAGAGACAAUCAUAACAGAAUUAUCGAAGAAAUUAAAUAUGAAUAUCAAACAAUGAUCGAUAAUAUUAAGCAAAACAAACAAACGGAACAGAUCUUAUUCCAAAACGCUUCCGAUUACUCCGAAAAAUUGAAUAAUAAUAUUAAGUUGUUAAAUAGUACUUCCACAGUUUUAUUCGAGGUUAAAAACAAAGUCGAUAACGAUUUUAAUGUGGUUAAUCAAGCGAAGGAGGAAACAUUAAAAGCUAAAGAAAAAGAAAUUGAACUGAUGAAGGAAGCUUUAGAAAAAUCACGUGAAUCAACUGAAUUGGAAAGAUCUCAGUUAUUAGCAUUAAUACGUAACUUAGAAAUAAAAAUAGCUGAACAAAGUCAAAAUGAACGUGAAGAACGUUGGGCUUUACAACAAGCCACAGCAAUUUUCACAGCAAGAUCAAAAGCUUUAGAUCGAGAAACUGAAUAUAAUCGAACUGCAUUAGAACGUGAACGUGAAGAAAUAAAAACAUUGAAAGACACCUUAUUGGGUGAACAAGAAAAAUUAAUUUUACAAUUAACGGAAGAACGUUUAGCUUUAGCAACGGAAAGAAAGCGAUUUGAAACUCAAUCGAAAUUAAGUCAAAAUUAUGAUUCGCAAAAAGGUAAAGCGGAGUUAGAGGCUGCUAUUCAAGUUGCGAAAGAAGCGGCUGAAAUGACUGAUAGGGAGCGAGAUGUUUUGUAUAAACAACAAGCUGAAUUGGAAAGUUUAAAACGGGUUGUGAUUGACCGCGAGAAAAAAGUUUCGUUUAAAGAAAAAGAUUUGGAAGGAAAAAUUAAGGAGACACUUCGAAAAUCAAUUGAAGGUGAAAAAGCGAUUGAGGAUGCCAAGACUUUGGAGAGAAACGUUAAUAAUCGCAUGAGAGAAAUUCAAAUGCAAUUGAACGCUUUAGCGGGGCGAGAAAAAAAAUUAGCCGAUGAAAAAAUCGCUAUGUCCAAGGAAAGGUUGAAGUUAAAUAAUGAAUUAUCAAGAGUGAAAAAGUGUAGUUUGUGUUCAGCUGGUGAACUUGGAGGGAGAUUUCAAGAAAAUGAUGAAAAUUCUGAGGUGGAACAAGAUUUUCCACAGUUUACCACAGCCAGUGAUCCUGAUUUAUUAAGAUUAAGAAUGAAAUAUACUGAUGGGGAGAAUUUUAAUAAAAAUUUAUUUCAAGAUUUUAAUUCAACAUAAAAAAUUCUUUAAUUUUAAUCUAAGAAUUUCAUGUAACUCGGUUUCACAAAUUAUAUUGACAUGUUGCAUUUAAGUGGAACAAAGGAAGUAGGUACGCCCCAGUUUCUAUGGAAAUAUAUUUUUGUAUAUUACUGUAUUGAAAGUGAAAUUCACUGUAUUAAUCAUAAAUACUUCUAAUUUGAUUUGACGCCAAAAUUAAGACGUCAUUUUGACAUUAAAAUGUCAAAAAAUAUUUAAGGUUAUUAUUUGUAAAUUAAAAUUU